UUAACACUAAAAUCACAAUUUCUGUUUAGUCUUCUCUAUCAAAUUUUACUUAUUUACAUUUAGAUUUUAUUGUUAAUAUCUUGCUUCGUAAAAUAGCCAUGGAUAAGGGUAAAAUUUUGAGUUCUUUUUCCAAAAUUCAACUUAAAUCGAAUAGGAAUCCUUUAAAAUUAUCAAAAUCAGCAAGAUUUUCCAAUUCCUCAAAAAGUAAUUUCCCAAAUGCAGCCUUUUAUUCUAAUUUUGUUAAAUCCGGUUCUGGAUUCUUAAACCUUUUACCGAAUAAUUUAUCUCAAUCUUCUAAGUGUUUCUAUUCAACUUCCUCAGAAGGAGAUGUAUAUCAGUUCAAGGCUGAGACUCAGAAGUUGUUGCAAAUUGUGGCUCACUCUCUUUAUACUGAUAAGGAAGUGUUUGUCCGCGAAUUGAUCAGCAAUGCCAGCGAUGCGUUGGAGAAGCUAAGAUUCCUUGAAUCAACCAGAGAGGGCUUGGCUGCCAGCAAAGUUGAUCCUGAUGUCGGUUACAAGAUUAGGAUUUCUGUUGACCCAAAGACUAAAACUUUUACAAUAGAGGAUACUGGAGUUGGAAUGACUAAAGAAGAGAUCGUAAACAACUUGGGAACUAUUGCUAAGUCAGGUUCUCUGGAGUUCCUGAAUGAUCCAAAUCUUAACGCUAAAGAUAAGGCUAAUGCAAUCAUUGGCCAGUUCGGUGUUGGAUUUUACAGUUCUUUUGUGGUAUCAGACCGAGUCGAGGUGUUUACUAGAAGUUAUGACCCUGAAAAGGAUCCAAAAGGUUACCAUUGGGUUUCAGAUGGCACUGGUUCCUUUACAUUAAAGGAGGUAGAUAACUUGCCAAGGGGUACUAAGAUUAUCUGUUACCUCAAAGAUGACUCUUUGUUGUUUUGUAACUCAAACAAUGUUAAGAAGGUGGCUGAGAAGUUCUCGUCUUUCAUAAAUUUCCCACUAUUCCUUCAAGAAAAGGACAAAGAUGUUGAAAUCACAACCCAGAAACCACUAUGGGUUGAGAAGAAGUCAUCACCAGAGGAACACACCAAGUUUUACAGGUUCCUCUGUAAUACUUCCUGGGGUGAACCCAUGUACACAUUAAACUUUCACUCUGACUCACCCUUGUCAAUUAAGUCACUCUUUUAUAUCCCCGAAGACGCACCUAACAGAAUGUUCCAGGCUUCAAAUGAGCUUGGAGUGUCACUAUAUUCCAGGUAUUUGAAAGUGUUGAUUAAGAAAAGUGCUGAAAACAUAAUUCCCAAGUGGCUGUUCUUUGUUAAAGGAGUCAUUGACUGUGAGGACAUGCCUUUGAACGUCAGUAGAGAAAAUAUGCAGGACAAUCAGCUGAUGGCAAAACUCUCAAACACAGUAGUAACAAAACUAUUAAAGUUUUUACAACAACAGAGCAAGAGUGACGUUGACAAGUAUAUGAAGUUUUAUAACAAGUACAACUAUUACUUGAAGGAAGGAGCAAUGGACGAGUAUUACAAAAAUGGAAAGCACAAAGACUUGUUACUUUCAUUAUUAAGAUAUGAAAGUACUAUGGAUGAAGGCUUGACUACCUUGGACGAUUAUGUGAGUAACAUGAGUCCGGACCAGAAGAACAUUUAUUACUUUUGCACAACCAACAGACAGAUGGCUUUAAAUAGUCCAUACAUGGAGACAUUCAAGAGCAAAAACGUUAACGUUCUUCUGAUGUAUGACGAAAUUGACCAGUUUCUAUCAAUGAACAUCCAGGAAUAUAAAGAUAAAAAGUUCGUUUCAAUAGACUCUCCAGAGGAUGACUUUGAGUUGGAGAACAAGACUGAGCCAUCAGAGUCUGAAAAAUCUGCUGAAUCCAGUGACUCCGAACAUAAAUUAGAAGAAAAAGAUAAGGAGACACUGAUAAACUUCUUUAAGAAUAACUUGGGAAGCAAGGUUAAUAGUGUCAAGUUUUCGGAUCGCUUAGUCGACUCACCAGCAAUGAUCACAGGAUUUCUAUCACCUGCUUUAAGGAAGGUGAUGAAGGCAACUAUGAAGGGAAGUGGAGAGGAUCCCUUGGCUAACUUGCCCUGUACACUGGAACUUAACCCUAAUCACAAAACCAACCUAAAGAUACUCCAAUUGGUCACAAAGAACCCUGAGGUUGCAAAAGUGCUCGUUAACCAGCUCUACGAUAACGCCUCAAUAGCUGCUGGAGUUGUGGAUGAUCCAAGAGUGAUGCUUUCAAGGCUUAAUCAGCUACUUGAAUUAACCGCAGAUUACGCCUGCAACCAAGAUAAUAAUCAAACAAAUUAAUGUAGUACAAAUACA